GAUGAUAAUCCCAGCUCCUCUAGACAGCCGAAAGAGACUUUGUCUUCGUGCCCGAAAAUUCAUGUGUGGUAUCUCCCGAAUUCUGAAAGCCCGAACGCCUAGGAUCCGCCAUAAACGCCUGAAAGCACAUCUCCUGCUCAUGAAAUGCCAUAAUCCUCAGACUAUACCAUUGCCGAUACGAAAUUCUUCACAUCCCCCGGUAUUUAGUCGAAUCCCGCAAAGUCUUGAGAAGAUAGGCAGUCCAUCUAGCGGAAGACAAGAAUCUCAUGCCUAUCCCUGCAAUCGGGGCACUUGA